AUGGCAGAGGCACAGGAACAGCCACAGGCUCAACCUCAGCCUGAACCUGUCUCGGCCGCCGCUGAAGAACCAACCCAUGCCCUCCCACAUCCGCUGUUGGCUCAGUCCCCGUCGUGGUCCUUGUCACAAGCUUCCCAGGGUUGGGACAAGACACAAGAGGAACAGGCACACCACGCUCAGGUCCAGGCUCGCACGCCUCCAGAGGCAGACGCCCAUGUCUCCCAACAGGCACUCGCCCCAUUAUCACGGCCGACUUCACCACCGUCUACAGAUGCUGCCCCGUAUGCAAACCUAGACGCCGCCUCAAAGCCGGAGCAGAGGUUGUCGGCAGAGGAGCAGGUAGCAGCACACGACGCCCGUCACCUUGGUCAGGCUCACGUUACCGACGCCCCUAAUCCCACGACGACACCACCUACAUCCUUACCUCUGCCUGUUCCUACGGCCACUGUCGCUACCGACCUCGAUAUCCACUCGACGACACCCCCGGCUGCAGCAGCUGCCGCAAGUAUCGCCAACACCAAUAGCGAUCCGGAAAACCAGCGAGAGACACCGGAGGGCGAGCAAAACGGCGUCGCGUCGAUAGCGGGAGCCAUGUCGAACAACCAGCCCCACCAUAACGGACCGCCUCUACAGACUGUCGGUUACCAGCAGCAUGCGCCAGCAUACUCGGUGCCUGGCAUGAACAAUGCACAUUAUGGGUACCAGAACAUGGCGAACCAAGGACAUGAUGCUUAUCGAGCGAGCCAGAGCGCUGCCAACAGUGCGAUGGCGCUACCGAGCAUGCGCACGUUGGACCACGUACAGCCGCAGUCCCAGCAGCAGCAGCAGCAGCAACAGCAGCAGCAACAACAACAACAGCAGCAUAUGGCGAUGGCAGCGCUGCCCGUGACACCAGUGUCGUCGGUCCCUGGGCAGCAAGCCAUGUCCUACUAUGGACAAGCGGUCCCCAUGGGCGGCAUGGCCAAUAAUGCGUAUGGCGGCGGCGGCCUGCCACCUGAAGCAUUGGGUCAACGCUAUGCUCUGCCUCCCAGCGGUCCAGGUUCCGCCUUGGCAAACGGCCGCCACAAGAAGUGCGACGAGACACACCCUGUCUGCAAGAAUUGCCAGAAAUCAAAGCGCGAGUGCCAAGGAUACGAUCCCAUCUUCAAGAACCAGCAACAACACCCGACCAACAUCCAACCUGCACCUAAUACCCAGACAUCCCCCUCCUCGUCCGUCCCAUCCAACGGCCUUCCCGCCUCAGCUAGUCCCGGGUCCGCGCCGCAAUCGUAUGCGAAUCUCCCUUCGGCCAACUCUAGUACCGCUCCCCGGACCACCUCGUAUAGUCCUGGCCUCGCAUCCGUGACGGCAGGUGCAUCGGAUAUCAACAGCCAAGGACACCAAUAUACUUCCCUUGACCCCUCGCUAGAAGGCGUACUAGCAACUUCGAGUAUGUCGACCUCCCACUUCCCAGCGAUCAAGCCCGUCAUCCCUCAUACCGUUCACCACAGAACACUAAACCCGCCGCAUCUCAGAGGCGGCGGUUCCUCUUCCGUUCCCUUGUACCCUUCUGCAUCGCACCACUCGUCAUCGCCCUAUCAAUACGGAACCCCGGCUUACUCUGGUUAUUCAGCAUCCAAGAUGAAGGUCCACGAGCUUGUUGCCUUGGGGAGCGCUGCUCCGCCUUCGAUCCUUGGCCGCCUGAACCAGGAAAAGUUGGACGAGGUCAGGAGCCUCUACGACCAGGUCUACGCACCCGGCUUGAAAGAGUUCUUUGAAUCCGAUUGGUUCAAGUCACCUCGGGGUCUGAACGCGCUUGGACUCAAUCAUGGUGUCAACGAGACGGCUAUAUCAUUCUUGCAGUCCCUUUCCAGAAGCAACGAUACCAAUGACGUCGCGGCAAUGGCCCGUUCGGCAAAUUUGGAGUUCCGGGUUGUGUGGGCACUAACUACACUCGUAUAUGGCACAAUAGGAGGCAGACUCAAUGGUGGCGGCAGCUUGCUAUCGCCUGAUGAUGGUCAUGAGGUGCAAAGCCGGGUUGUUGUGUUUGAAGCGUUGCUGGCCGGGGAGUUCCUUGACCAGAACCCGCUCACGCCACCUUUUCAUGUGGAUGUCAUGGACCCCAACUACCGAAGAAACAGGGCGUUCGAGUUCUGGCAUUGCCUCGCCGAAUUCCUGUGUGUCAAGGAUCGAGAAGGCGUGGAUAUGACAUUCCAGAGGGAAGAAAUUUUGGGGCAAAUGCGCGACUUGCUGGAUGGGCGAGAAAACCGCGAUGUUCUCUAUUCUCUGGCCGUCAUCCGAGCACUGGCCCCGAACUUUCCGUCCGACUUCGAGACCACUCUGCCUCCUCACCUGGAUGAGACCGAUCCGAAAAGCAAGCUGGCGGUGGCUCGCAAGUUCAUCCAAGACGAAGCGCAGGUCACUGGAGGCACGACCAACGUUGUGCGGCGUUUCGCAGAACUUGCCGUCAGGGCUUUCAUCGUUCCUGGAAGCAACAUUGUCCGACGAUGA